AUGUCAAACUACGAGGCUUUGCUCCAAUUUAAUAGGAAGAGUGUGUCAAAGGAAAUGAUCCAAUAUCUAGCAUCGACUACAGCUUCCGUUAUCAAAAUAAAGAAAACGAAUAGUAUGAUAGAUAUCGCAUUACCAGCACCACCUUUGACAGAAUUUAUUAACAGGUUGAUCAAGCAUUCUAACGUUCAAACUCCAACUCUUAUGGCAACCUCUGUAUAUUUAGCCAAAUUAAGAUCCCUAAUACCGAGCAAGGUUUAUGGUAUAGAGACCACUAGGCAUAGAAUAUUUCUGGGAUGCCUGAUAUUAGCUGCAAAGACGUUAAAUGAUUCGUCCCCUCUCAACAAACAUUGGGCUGAAUAUACAGACGGUCUUCUCUUACUAAGAGAGGUCAAUACCAUAGAAAGGGAGCUACUAGAAUAUUUUGAUUGGGACGUCACCAUUUCUACAGAAGAUUUAAUAACAUGUCUUUCCCCAUUCUUGAAGAAGAUUAAAGAAGAAAAAUUGUUUAAGUCUCAAAGAGACCGUCGUGCGCUCAAUAGUCCUUCUGCUCAAGGGAAGGUUACAGUAGGCAAAUGCUCCCUUACUCAUUCACGCGCAUCUUCUAAUUUGUCUAUUCCAUCUUUGGCUUCCACUUCAACUCUAUCCACGUUGGAAUCUGGAAAAUCGAAUCUGUCCAGCUAUAGCAACAGAGUACAUACUUUGCCGGAAUUGCAUGAACCCAAUUAUAAUAACAAUAAAAUUUCCCCGGAGGCUGUUAAUGUCGACCUCAAACAUAGUAAUAAGGAAAAUAGAAGACCAAUACCGACGACCAAACCAUUCAAUUUUAGUAAAGCACGGCCCUUGAUCUUAAAAACUGGGCUAGACAAACCAAUGAUGAACGAAGAAUCAAGAUUAAAGAAAUCAAAUUGGUCAAAUAUCUUCAAAUAG